AUGAAUAUCAAUUUUAUUUUAAUCUUAUUAAAAAUUAAUUAAUAAAUUAACAAAUUAAUUUUACAAAAAAUAAAAAUGGGUCAGAAUCUAGAAAAAUAGAAUGUUUCAGAAUAAUAUUAUUUAGAUAUAGUUAAUCAUUUUUAUUAGAUAAGUUAAAAUUAAAUUUAAAUUUCUUCUAAGAAUAUUCCUGACUAAAUUCUCGAAAAGUAUGAGUAUGAACAAUAUAAUUUAGAUGAAAAUGGAGUAUAAGGUUUAGCUAAAUCUUUGAAAAAAUGCAAAAAGCUGAAAAUGUUAACUCUUUAUUUUGAAUAAGAAAAUAUAAUUGAUGAAUAGGGAGCAGAUUAAAUAGGGAAAAGCUUUAAAGAACUAAAAAGCUUAGAAUCAAUAAAAUUAAUAUUUUAAAAAUAUUAUAUUGUAGAGCCAAAAAUACUAGAUCUUUUAACAACCAGCCUUGUAUUUUUAAAUAACUUAAUCAUAUUUGAUAUUGGAUUUGGCGGAAAUAAUUAGGUAGAUACUCAAGUUUUUCAAAUUUUGUCAAAACUCAUAAUUAAAUUGAAGUUACUCAAAGGUCACUCUAUUUAUAUAGACCAUUCUUAAUAAUAAAAUUUUCAAGGAUUUGAUAGUUACUUCAGAUCAAUUUCUACACUCUAAGAAAUGGAAUCUUUUAGAUUUAAUUGCAAUUUGUAAUACUGA